AUGAACAAGUUAAUGAGUUUGGAGAGCGAUGGAAACGGAAGAAAACACCUCACAAACCCAGCUAUUGGAAAGAAGAGAGUGACAUGUCAUUGUCAUGAAACCUCUUUGACAAAGAGAUCAGAAUGGGCUCAAUUUCCCAAGCACAUGGUUCCACCCUAUCCAUCCUAUCAAAGAAAACCAACAGAAAUAGGGAAUGAUGAAGAUGAUCAAGAGUUUUCAAGGGGGACUCAUUUUAAGGAAUUGGUGAUUAAUAGAAAUAAGCUGGGGUUUUGGAGGAGGUUGGCAGCUGAUGGCCAUGGUAAUGAUAAU